AUGUCAGAUCCUGACAAGUCAAAUCUUUUUGGUCCGCUGGAUGCCAACCCAAGUCCGCCUCUUCCCAUAGGAGAUAACAUCCAUGAGUUAUCAGACAAGCAGCUAUCGAAACUCGUACAACUCAAGUUCCAAAACCAGCCGUUUCGGCUUGUGCGGCAACUAUCCAAAGACUUAGCAUCAAAAGAGGCAGAGCUCAUUUUGCUACGGAAAGAAAAGUUCCAGAGAGAGCAAGAGUUGAUGCGUCUAUGCAUGGAGUACGGCAACUUAUCUGCGUUAGAAGUAGAUCGACACCUCAAUGCGCUUCCAGUCGAAGCAAACGCACAAAAAGUUGUUUCACAAAUGAUCCAAUCGGCUUUAGAUGAACAGGUAGGAAAAAUCCCGGUUAGAAAGAGCAACCGACCUCGCCAUAUUUCGAAAUCAUCUGAGACGACAGAUCCUCCAACCGCGCAGAUCAAUGGACUGCCUCCAGAUGAGGCUCUACAGCAUAGGAAAACAAGGGAUGCCAGUUACGAGCACGAAAAGAGACAAAGACCUCCGUUGGUUCAUGGUUCUAGUUCAAGUCGAGUUCCUUCAGCAGAGACGGAAAAGAGGAGCCACUGGCUUGACUGGCUCAAUCCAUCAGAGGAGCUCAUCACUUCUUCCUCAUCUGGAAGCUUGAAUUCCCGUUUACGUUCGCUCAGUCUCUCGAGCUUUCGGCGUAAACCACAGAAAAAUCCGGUAGAAUUGCAGAGUAUCGGCGAUACAGACGACAUUGUGGUGGCAGAUUCUAAUACCGACAAAUACGGCUUUUAUAUUGACAUGCCUUCUUCAACUCAAAAUGAUUCCCCUAUUUUCAAUAACGGUGCCAUGAGUGGUGACUCUAUUCAAGCUGAAAGUGCGGCAAUGACCGCAACCAUUUCUCUCGAUGCAUCUGGAACCAUUGACAAACUCAAACAUUUGGGUGAGCUUUAUGAUGCGCAGAACGACGAGAUUGUGAAAAGGUGGGAUACAUUCAUGAACCACGUCCGGAGAGAGAAACUCAAACGGCAUAAAGAAGAGGAUAGCGAAACGUUCGGCGCCAGAGGCCAAAACCUAAAACGGCCUGAAUCCCGACUCGCAAAGUUUUUCAUAUCUGGCGACGAUGAAAACUCCGACGACUUACCGCGAGCGCUUCUUCGUUUAGUCAAUGAGAGUGGGAUACCGCCAAAAUACAGAAACACUCUUUGGUUCGAGCUUUCAGGCGCUAAAAACCGUGAAGUUCGAGGGGAAUUCCAGCGAUUGGUGGAGGUAAGUCAGACGACUGAAGAUAGUGUGAUCAAAAGCCAUUUGGAGCAGAUUGACUUGGACUUGCAUCGCACCCACCCUUCCAAUCGGUUUUUCAAUGAUAUGUCUAACAGCCAGCCAGGACCGCAUUUGUACAAGCUCCAGAAUAUUUUAUAUGCGUUUGUCGCUUUCAAGCCGGAGAUUGGAUAUUCGCAGGGUAUGAACAAAGUGGUGGGCAAUCUCCUUCUAGGAACGAACGAGGGAAAUAUCCAUAGUGCAGAAAAGCUCUCAGAGGAGGAUGUUUUUUGGAUUUUCGUAAGUUUGACGGAGGAUUUCGUUCCAAAGUACGGCAAAGUGGAGUUUUUCCAUCCAGAUGCUCUUGCAUACAUCCAGCAGGAUGUGGAGCUUGUCCAAUCUGAAUAUUUUCCCCAACUAUUGCCCAAGCUAUUCAAGCACCUAAAAUCUAUCGGGGUGGAAAUACAAAUGCUCAUACUCCGGUGGUGGUUAGGGCUUUUUACAGAAAGCUUUUUUUCGGUGGAGCUUUGGUUCAAGCUUUUUGACAAUUUGCUUCUCAGUGAAAGUGCAGACGUGAAGUUUGUGAGCUACAGUUUGGCAAUUUUCAAACUUUUCGAAAAGACUCUACUAGACAUCUUUGACGCCGACGAAGUAUACCGUCUCAUGAGUAAUUUGAAUAUGCAAAUGGUGAGUCAGACCAACAUUCGAUAUAGCGAAUUCAUCAUCAUGAGCAACGAGUUCGAAAGACAUCUUGAUGCAGCAGAUUUGGAAAGAAAACGGCUGGCUUUCAUCCAGAUACCAUCAAAUACGCCAUGA